UUUCUUUCUUUUUCAGUCCCUCCUCGGAAGUAUAGACGCGUUAGUCUAUAUUCCGUUCAUUUUCUUUUUUUCUUUUUUGAUACAUGCAAUAACCCCGCUUAAAUUCUUUACACAAAAUGGAGACGAAGACGGGAUUGUAGAGAUGCCUCGAUCCGCUCUGUUCUUUUAUUUAAUCUCAGUUUAAUGGACCGGAUGAUCUCCGAGUCGGACUGCGUUUCCCACAGCCUUGCAGGGGAGGUUGCCGUAUCCAGUGGGGAGGUAGGCUUUUCCUGGGUUCGCGAUGAAGUUUGACGAACCCACGGAAGGCCAGAAGCUGUCUUUUCUCCUGGAGAAGGCCGCUUCUAGGGAAGCCCAGCUGUGGAGAAGCUAUGUGCCUAAGAAACCAGCCAACCAGGAUACAGAUAUCUCCCCUGCCCAGCGUGACGAGGCCGUGCAGUGGCUCAUUGAUGUGCACCGGUGCUUGAAGCUUUAUCCAGAGACCCUCUGUUUGGCCAUCUCCAUACUUGACCGCUUUCUCUCCACCAUUAAGGCUCGUCCCAAGUACCUGCGCUGCAUUGCUAUCACCUGCUUCUUCCUGGCAGCUAAGACAAGUGAAGAGGAUGAGCGUAUCCCUGCUCUUAGAGAGCUGAUCAGCAGCAGUGCUUGUGGAUGCACUCCUUCAGAGGUGCUGAGGAUGGAGAGGAUCAUUCUGGAUAAACUCAACUGGGACCUGCAUGCAGCCACUCCCCUUGAUUUCCUGCACAUUUUCCACGCAAUGGUGUUCAGCUGCAAGGCUGCCAGUUCUGGCGUGUUACUGGGACUGAACCGAUCACAGCACCUUGCCCUGCUCACUCAGGAGCUGCUGCACUGCCUUUCCCAUAAUGCACUGCUGCAGGAGCAUGGCUCCAUGCUGGCCCUCGCUCUCGUCACGCUGCAGCUGGAAAAUCUCUGUCCUGAUUGGCUCGCUCUUGCUGCCGACCUGCUGCGCAAAGUUCAGAUUGACAGCUCCAAGCUGAUCGGCUGCCGAGAGCUAGUGGCACGUUGUCUCUCCACACACACGGCAUCCCUGCCUCCCAACACUGUGUACGUCUGCCACCCCCUGCAGACCCCACACGACCCUGGCGUGACCUUUCACCCUGUCCUCCCCACUCUGCCACUGCGCAGGAAGCCGUCGACCAAGCGCAAGGUGGAGAAGAUGGAUGUGGACGAAUACUUUGAUGGCAUCAAACGUCUUUACAACGAGGAGGAACUAGGAGGAGGGGGUGGGGCUAAUUCAGGGUACCAGUCCAUAGAGGGUGGUUCUCCGCCAUGCCCUGCACUCCAGCCUGUAACCGUCUCCUAGCAACACGCCCGGGGUUGAAAUGGGGCCAGACCGCAGUUACGUCAGCUUCCCUCAGUCCUCUAGAGCAGAACAGAGCUAACACAUACACACACAUGCUGCAGUUAUUCCAUAACCACCUGUCUGUCAGUUCUAAUCACAAGAUCAUGCUGAAAAUGUGAAAAAAAUGAAACUUCAUGUAGGAGGUACUACUCCCCAUCCCACUCAUGCAUACUAAAAUGUCUGCCUCUGUAUAUCAAUGUCAUACGUCUCACUUAUAUCUGUGAAUUUUUUUAUUUAACUGUUUUCUCGUCUGACUGCUGAGUUCAUCGCAUGUGCUUUUCUUUUUUUUGUCUGAGUGCAUGACACUCCUGAAUGUUAAAUUAGCUAAAUUUAAUUAAAGCUAUGAUUUUAUAAUGCCAUGUUUUAAAUAAUUAGAACUAAAAUAUAUUAAGAAAAUUAAUUUAAGAAUAUAUAACCAUGUUCUCUCUCUCUCUCUUCCCUAUUCUUUUCUAUUCUGUUGUUCUGUCCUGGCUGUUUAGCCUUUCUUUUCACCAUGUCUUAGCCAUUUAGGUGUGUGUGUGGUUGAACAGUGAUGAGAUCCCUAUCGCCUCUCUUAAAAGAGCAUUAAUGAAGAAUUCAUGUGCACACACCAUCCUAAUCACACAUGGCACAAGAGACUGUAGUGUUUGAAAAGAUGAUGUAUCUGUAGGAUCAUUUUAACAAAAAAAAACGGUUGGAAAAAAAAAUACAAAACCUGUUGAAAUGGCACAAAAAAAGUUUUAGACUAUUAUCAUUCCUUUUUCUGUCAUAAUCUUUCUUCUCUGGCUCUGUUCUUCUCUGGAGGGAGGAGGGGCGCCCGCACUGCUGAAACAUCGCCAUAAAGGUUGAAAUAAAUGGAAACCGUCUACUACA